AUUUUUUUUGUGGUUGUUUAUUUUUCUUCGUUUAUGGGUCUUCUGGGUCUCCAUUUAUUGGGAAGUAGGAGGAACCGUGCUUCAGAUCCCUUUCCUCUUCUUCUGGAGCCCUAAUCAUCCACUGAAGAAGCAAAAGCAGAGUCACUUGCUUCAAGAGAAGAGUAGGGAAGGGAGAGCGAGGGGGUUAUCAUCAUCUCCUCAUCGUAACAAUAAUCGUUGAACCACCCUGAACAAAGCAGAAACAGUUUUGCUUCUCUCUAUCUGGGCUUCUGAACCAAAGUACAUCGCUCCGCGCAGUCCUGCCGAAGAAAAUGAAGGGUAUUUUCAAGUCCAAGCCCCGGACACCCGCGGAACUCGUCCGCCAGACCCGUGAGCUCCUUAUUCUUGCCGAUCGCGAUGGGAUCCCCCGUGAAGACAAGCGUCAGGAGAAGAUGGCCGAAUUGAGUAAACUUAUUCGGGAGUUAAAGUCAAUUCUUUAUGGCAACAGUGAAUCUGAGCCAGUUACAGAAGCUUGUGUGCAGUUGACUCAAGAGUUUUUCAGAGAGAACACACUACGUCUUCUCAUUAUCUGCCUUCCAAAAUUGACCUUGGAGAGUCGUAAAGACGCCUCUCAAGUGGUUGCGAAUUUGCAAAGGCAACAAGUCCAGUCUCGGUUGAUUGCUUCUGAUUACUUGGAAGCAAAUAAAGAUCUUUUGGAUCUUUUGAUUUCAGGGUAUGAAGACACAGACUUGGCUUUACAUUAUGGUGCAAUGUUAAGAGAAUGCAUAAGGCAUCAGAGCAUUGCAAGGUAUGUUUUGCACUCAGAUCACAUGAAGAAGUUCUUUGAUUAUAUACAGCUUCCUAAUUUUGACAUAGCGUCGGAUGCUUCAGCAACUUUUAAGGAGCUUCUGACGAGGCACAAGUCUACCGUGGCUGAAUUUCUUACUAAAAAUUAUGACUGGUUUUUUGCAGAGUAUAAUUCAAAACUUCUUGAGUCCUCCAAUUACAUCACCAGACGACAAGCUGUCAAGUUGCUUGGAGACAUGCUGCUUGAUCGUUCCAAUUCUGCUGUUAUGAUGCGAUAUGUGAGCUCAAAGGACAACUUAAGGAUCCUAAUGAAUCUUCUCAGGGAAUCAAGUAAAAAUAUCCAGCUAGAAGCAUUUCAUGUCUUCAAGCUGUUUGCCGCCAAUCAAAACAAGACUCCUGAGAUCGCCACCAUACUAAUGGCAAAUAGAAACAAGCUCCUACGGUUCUUUGCGGACUUUAAGAUGGAUAAAGAGGAUGAACAAUUUGAGGCAGACAAAGCUCAAGUUGUGAAAGAAAUUGUCGCCCUUGGACAUUGAGAUCGGCAGUAAGCAGCUGUGGACUAUUUUGUAAUUCCGUUUUAUUUAAAUGUAAAUUUUGAAUUUGUUUGUGAAUUCUAUCCUUGUUAGUGCUUUGUGUUGAACUUGGUGACUUGACUUGCAUUCAAUCUUUUCGUUCUCCCUUGAAGUACAAACUUGAAAAUAAAUUUACUGCAUCGUAGAAUUCGAAGUAAAUACAUCUGUAAAGCCUUCCGAUGUCCCAA